AUGUAUUCUACACCAUUCAUCUAUAUCUUCUUUGCAAUUCAAUUGUUUGCGGAAGUGGCAGCAAACCCAACUCCCAGUUUGGAAACCUUCAGUAACCAUACCACUUCCUCAUUCAUCGAUGAAGAGCUGCCAAAGAUAUCGGCCUGUCUGUGGCAUGAUGAUUGGGAGGAAAUAACAGGAAAUUUGCUCAAAUACGAACUGGCUGGAACAUUGUCAAUUCGCUCGUUGAAAGGGGCUCAUGAAGUCAUCGGUUUGACGGAGUUGCGCUCUGUUCUCGGAUUCGCACCGUCCGUUCCAUGGACUCACCGCAAGAACUGGACUGAAGACGAGAUUGCAGUUGCUUCAACAAUUGAGGAGUACUACGAGAUGAAGGAACCGGAUGGCGAUGAGUACGGACUCGAUAACAAGUAUGUACACGAGAAGAACUUGCCUCCAGCAAUCAAGUUUUUGGAUAAACGAUUUCCAACCAUUCGGAUUAUUUAUCGGGAGUAUCUUCAGGAGAAAUUUGAUAGUCUUCAAAGGAGCAUCGAUAGAGAAGGAGUGGAUUUCAUGAUUGGAGAGUACAUUCUCAUUCGAGAACGAGUUGGAAAAGCGGUGGACAACGUGAGACACCUCACUAUUGACUGUGUUAUGAAACAAAUAAAGGCUGAGCUUUAUAAUCAGAGACUCAAAUUAUGA